ACGUUGGAAAUAAUGCUUUAAAACGAGAACGUUUAGGAUGGACAAAAGUUCGCGAUGAAACGAUGAUACCAUUUGAUUGACAACGGAUCAACGUAAAAAAUAUAUAUGUGACAUUUAUUAGAAUGACUUUACUUUUUAUUUCCCGCAAAAAUAAGUGGAAACAUACUGCAAUUAAAGUUCCUGUAAUCAAAUGAAAUGAAGACCCUCUAUCAAUAAGUUUUUUUACUAUCUUUCUUACGAAGAUUUCUUUUUGUUAUAUUAUCAUAAUUGUCAGUUUAUUAUAUAAAAAAAUUAUAAAAUAAUUAAAAAUCGCUUCUCAACUAAUUCGUUGUUGUAAUUUUUAUAUAAUAAGUGAUUUUUUAUGUUAUAAAUUUUAUAAUGUCACUUUGUGACAGGUUAUAAUGGGUUAAACGUUUGUGAAUAAUUCCAUUGUAUUUAACAUGAUAGUACAUAGAAAAUGGAACUUAAUUUUGAAAUUAGGACUUACAAGUUUAAUAGGUAUAAGUUCGUUUAUGGGUGACAUGUCUUUGAAGUAUGCUCAAACUGCAGUGGCACGUGCAAUUUUAGAUAAUUUAACUCAUGCUAUUGUGGGUGGUUUAACAUGGACGUUAAUCAUAAUUUUAUCAAAGAAAUCUUUCGUACAAAACUUGCACGAUAUAUUCUUUUCAUUUGCCUUAUCUUCUUUCAUCGACGUAGAUCAUUUUUUAGCUGCGCGCAGUUGGAAGUUGAGUGAUGCCACGAAUUUAAACAAACGACCAUUCCUGCAUUGUACCACCAUUCCUAUUUUGUUAUGGCUCAUUCUAAUUUUGAGUUCGACGACUUUCAACUGUCCAUCAUUGAAUCAAUAUUCUUGGAUUGUGUCUGCAAGUUUUUUAAGUCAUCACAUUCGCGAUGCCACAAGAAGAGGUUUGUGGUUUUGUCCGUUUGGUUCUACGCAGCCUAUACCAUAUAAUUUAUACAUAAGUAUAAGUAUGGCAUUACCUUAUAUCUUGCAUUGGUUUAUGCAGUUUCGUAUAUUAUUACCAAAAGUUAGUGAAAACCUAACGGAUGUUAAUAUUGUAUAAAAAUAGUAUAAAUUUGAAAUAUAAUAUAAUAAGAUAUUA